AUGGCCUCAGAAUUAGAAGUUCCCAUCCUCAAACCCUUACAGAAAUCCGUCUCUCCACGUCAAAGCCAAGAGACAUUGACCGACGAAAAGAAUUUACCCCCAAAUGCCUCGCAGUGGAGACCAUCUUUUCAUCUCACAGCCCCAGGAUGGCUAAAUGAUCCGUGUGGUCUGGGAUACGACCCUGCAACAGGAUUAUACCAUCUAUGCUUCCAAUGGAAUCCCCACGGAAACGACUGGGGAAAUAUUUCCUGGGGCCACGCCACUUCCCCAGAUUUAGUAUCGUGGACCCCAUAUUUGGACCCCAUUUUAGCCCCGGAAUCUGAAUACGACUGUCGUGGUGUCUUUACCGGAUGCCUCAGAGCAACUGAUGUUGCCGGUGUCCCCGGCGCCCUGACAAUCUUGUACACAUCCGUCAAACAUCUCCCAAUCCACCACACCCUUCCAUACACGUAUGGCAGUGAAUCACUCAGUCUAGCCGUCUCCCGGGACGGAGGCAGGAACUGGGAGCGUCAAGCCUGCAAUCCAAUCAUCGCAGGCCCCCCUUCCCACCUGGAUGUCACCGGCUGGAGGGACCCGUGUAUCACGACUUGGGCCGAGGGGCCUGAUGCCGAUCCAUCAGCCCUCUAUGGAUUCAUCUCAGGAGGUAUCGCCAAAAGAUCCCCCACUGUCUUCGUGUAUAAGGUGAAUCCCAAUGAUCUCCGCGAAUGGGAAUUCAUUGGUCCACUGCUCGACACAGGACUCAAUCUGCGGCCCUCCCGCUGGUCUGGAGAUCUUGGAGUGAACUGGGAAGUAGCCAACCUCAUGACUCUCAAGAGCGAAACCGCAUCUCGGGAUUUUGUCAUCAUGGGAGCUGAGGGGUGCUUACCCUUGGACAGCACGGGCGACUUUGGCGAUGGCGAUCAAGAAGCUCGUCGGAGACGAGAAGUCCGAGGACAACUCUGGGUAUCUGUCAAGUUGGCAGAAACAUCGACAGAUGCGCUGACCUCCUAUGCAUUCUCUGGUAUAUUCGAUCAUGGCUGUUUCUAUGCCGCCAAUUCCUUCUACGAUACGCAAACCGCACAGCAGAUCGUCUAUGGCUGGAUCACAGAAGAGGAUUUGUCAGAUUCUCUUCGUCAUCGACAAGGAUUCAGCGGAUUGAUUUCACUUCCUCGCGUAGUAGGAUUGAUGACAUUGAACCAUGUCAUCAGAGCGCGUCACUCGCCUUUGAGCGCAAUUACCUCGAUCGAGGCCAUUCCUGAUGCCCAUGUGUUCACCGUGCAGACCAUGAUGAUUAGCCCAGACAGCCGACUUCAGCAUCUCCGAAAGAAGGCUCAAAGACACCACCGAGAUCGCGAGAUCCUGUCUGCACCUAAGGAUCAGAUAGGUGCCUCCAUGACAUCUCGAUGGGAAAUCGAGGCGGAGUUCUCUGUUGGUCAAUCCUGUUCUCGAGUUGGCAUCAGAAUCCCUCACACUGCCGACGGUCAAAGUUGCACUACUCUUUCCUGGCAUCCACACAGCGAGACAUUCACCAUCCACCGACCAAAGAUCGAAAACACCGAAAUCAACCAGGGCUAUGAAACGGCACCACACACACUAUUCACUUUCGAGGGUGAGACCGGAAAGACUGAAGAGAACCUGGAAGUCCACGCAUUCUUCGACUCGAGUGUGUUGGAGGUAUUCGUCAAUGAGAGAACCGUGAUCUCGACGCGCAUUUACCAUCCAUCUGACUCUUGUUUCGAGCCUAUUUUCUUUGCAGAAUCCACUAGCCCGAAUAUCGAGCCUGCAGUGCUUUUGCAUGCGGAUAUCUGGGAUGGCCUGGGGGUUUGA